AUGGUUACACAAUUGCCCUCCCCGGCGGGGAAACAAGUCACCCUUGCGUUCAUAGGAUGCGGAAACAUGGGCUCCGCGAUCCUAAGUGGCCUCCUGGACGCAACCCGCACCAGCGACGGCAAAAUCAACCAUUUCAUGGUGAGCACCAAAACCGCCUCAUCCGCGGAGCGUCUCCGAACUCAAUACUCGUCCGACUUAUCUCGGAUCGAGAUCGCGCACGAAUCCAACCUCUCCGCUAUGCGCAAAGCAGACAUCAUCCUUCUCGCCUGCAAACCCUUUCUAGCGAAGGGGAUUCUCUCCGCGCCGGGCGUCGGCGAAGCCCUUUCAGGGAAACUAGUCAUUAGUAUCAUGGCUGGGAUGACACCAAAGGAUAUCCUUUCUUGUCUGAGUGAUGUCGACCCAGGGAGUGUGAAGAUCGUGCGGGCGAUGCCGAAUGUCGCGGCGAGGUUGAGGAAGAGUAUGACUAUUGUGGAGGUGGCGGAGGGAUCCGGGCUAGGGGAGGAGGAUCUGGAGAUUGUGACGUGGGUGUUUGAGGCUAUUGGGAAGGUCAAGUUCCUUGCCCCGGAGUUGUUUGAUGUGGGGACGAUGUUGGUGGGUGCGUCGAUGGGGGUGAUGACGGUGCCGGUGGAGGGGGUGUUGGAUGGGUGUGUGGUUGAGGGAUUGAGGAGGGGAGAGGCGUUGGAGAUGAUGGCGCAGACAUUGGAGGGGAUGGCGGCGUUGUUGAGGGAGGGGGAGCAUCCGGCGAUUCUGAGGGAGAGUAUUUCGUCCCCGAGGGGAUGUACGAUCCAGGGAGUGAUGACCGUGGAGAGGGCGGGAGUGAGGGCGACGUUUGCGGAUGCGAUGAUUGAUGGAACGAGGCAUCUGGGGGGUAAGAAGUAG